UCCGUUAAACGUUCCGUGGCCUCUGUUUGGCUCCCAAUGCCACGAAGGCGGCGUCCUCCGCCUGUUCCGUUCGAUUCGUUCCUAUCAGGCAGGGAGCGGGCGGAGAGUUGGGGGCCCACUUUUGUAAUACGGGAGGCGGUUAGCCGAGCAGGAAAGAAGGGGCUUGCGACGUAGCCCUGGAUCCUGCUUGUAACACCAGGGACCGGCUUCGGUACUUAACAGGAUGAUAUUUUGCGGCUGCCCCUGAGAAUGUGCAGAGUGCGUUUCCCUCUUUGCGGGAUAACCAUACUGUAGUUCACCCACUCUUCUCAAGAGAGGCUGGAUGUGUUGAGGGAAGGAGCUCCAAUUCAGGCAUGACCAUGGCAGCCAAGGAGUGGUCCCCUUCCAAAGUGGCCCUUGCAGGUUCUUCAAUAACCGUGAGCCUUCCUGGAAUCUGUGAAGAGCUGAGCAAGUCCUUUCCUUGGAUCAACAAAAAAAGGAAGAGUGGGCUUUCCAGGCUCUGUAAGAAGAAAACAUCUUUAUCAGAAAAUGGAUGGAAUUCCUAUUGCUUAUCUUCUUUAGCUGCCCAGAACAUUUGUUCCAGCAAACUUCAUAAUUCUUGGAAUCACAUGGAAUCGGCUUCCUUUUCGUGUUCGAUAUGCAAUGCCUCAUCAUGCUCUUUGUUAAAUGCCCUGGCCUUGGGAGAAGCCACUCAGGGCUUAUCAAGCAUUGUGCGCAAUCCAAACAAAGCUGUUUUCACUGUGAAUGUCACAACUACUGAGAUUCUAGUUGCAAAUGACAAAGCCUGCAAGCUUCUUGGUUAUAGUACUGAGGAGGUGAUUGGCCAGAAAUUAUCACAGAUGAUUUCAAAAUCAAAUUGGGACAUUAUGGAAGCAUUGAAGGAAAAAAAUGUUGAUGCUGAAGAACAUGAAACAGUAGUGCCCGGAACAGUGGUUGAGGUUAUCUCCUGUACCAAUGAAAAGAUUCCAGUUUCUGUAUGGACGAGAAGACUUAAAAACCACUGCAGUCACUACUGUGUGGUUGUUCUAGAACCUGUUGAAAGACUCUCUGCUUCUGUGUUUUUCACAAGCAACGGAGAAAUUACCUCUUGUGACCCCCUCUUUGCUCAUCUUCAUGGCUACUCAUCAUCUGAAGACGUGGUUGGUCAUUAUAUAACAGACCUGAUCCCUUCUAUCCAAAUUCCUGCACCUGGCAAGAAGAUCCCAAAGAAUCUCAGGAUUCAGAGAUCUGUUGGUCGAGCAAGGGAAGGGACAACGUUCCCUCUCAGCCUGAAACUGAAAGUGAACUUCCCUGUUGAAGACAGUAUCCCAGUACAAGAUGGCCCUGAGCCAGAACUUGGUGCUGAUGCUUCAGAACAUGAUGUAACUUCCUUACCUGCAGAUUGUUCCUUCUCUGCUACGAUCUGGGUCUUCACCACCAUCAGCGGGCUGAUCACUGUCCAGACUGAUGGUAAAAUUUAUGGAAUCAACAACACAUUUUCUCUGAUGCUGUUUGGUUAUGAGAAAAAGGAGCUGCUAGGGAAGAACAUUACAUUCUUGAUUCCUGGUUUUUACAAGUAUAUGGAUAGAACUGAAGGCUGUUCUUUGCAACUCCAGCGCUCCGAAGGAAGUUCUGGUGUGGAUGCAGAAAAUGUGAGCUCUUCUGGUGACUUUGAAGGCACUCAGGUGGAUAGCUGUAGAACAGGUGAAGGCACUAGUCUGUGCACUUCUGAGGAUGUUGGUUUCCUGGGCCUGCAGGAACAACAGGAAUUAACAAGGAGUCAUGGAACAGAGCUCCACAUUAGCCAACCAGAAAGUGGUCGUGGUUUGCCCUCUGUUGUCUCAUCUUCUCCGGAGACACCUCUGUCACUGAAUGGAGAAGAUGCACCAAACUCUGAUGUGCCAGCCCUUGUUGAAGUCCUGCCUUCUGGAAGUCUGCAUGAAGGAACCAAGAAUGAGAUACGUACGACUAAACCUACUAGCUUCCAGCCGUGUGAAACAUGUUCACCAAAGCAAUUUCAUUCAGAACCGUGUGUGUUGGAAAGUAGGAUUGAUCAAGGAAGUAGGAACCAUGGCAGCAGCUGUUGUGAUCAGCGUCAGGAAAAAUAUGACCCUUUGGAUAUCCACAGUUCUGGUUCCCCACUUGACAUUGUGAAGCCUGCCACUACAACAAAGAGUGAUGGCGCCGAGCUCCAUAAUAGAAAGGACACACAGUGCAAGAGUGGGUGUAGCCUGUCUUCUCUCAUGUCAGCUCUCCCUGAACCACCUGUUACACUAAAUGGCAGACCGUAUGCUUCUAGCAGCUGUAUGCUGGUGCCUGAAGAAGUUGUACCUUCUGAGUGGUCACAUGACAGAAACUCUGGUGAUGUAAAGAUUACAAAACAGUAUGAUGCCCAUUUUCCAAAACGAUUCAAUUCAGAGCCUUGUGUCUUGGAAAACAGAAUUAAACUACAAGACAGAGAACUUGCUGGGACUAGCUGGGACCUUCUUCAAGAAGAAAACAAUGACUUUUUGGAGAAACAUGAUUUUGAUAUACUACAUGAAAUUGUGAAGUGCCAAUCUGCUCCCAUAGAUUUGGGGAGAGCAGGUUAUGUCACGGCUGAUCAGACUUCUGUGGCAUGUAUAUUAGAAGAUGAUUUGGGGCAUGAGGCAAAUGUGACUCGUGAGGCUGCCCAUUUCUCAUUUGGCACUCCCACACUGGAUGAGCCAGUGUACAGCAUAGCUUCAAGUUCUAAGCAGACUUGUAGGGUGACAGGUCACCUGCCACAUGGAAAUCUGAGAAGUAGCACAAGGAACUCGGGAUUUGAAAACACUGCACCAAAAAAACUGACAUAUGAUUCACCAGCCUUUUUGUCUGACAAAAGAAGUGACUCUCCUGUUCCUGCAGGAUCUUGCAUGCCUUGUGAUUCCUCUGCCAUUGGAGAGGGUAAUGUACAUCAUGAAAUGGAAUCUUUAUGCUGCGGCCUGAGGGACAUGGCAAACGGGAUUAGCGGGGAGGUGGUUUCAGCCACAGGGCCUGCCUCUGGACCCACAGAGGUUUCCUUAUUAAAGAAGGAAGAUACUGGCCCAUCCCCGGACCAGGCAAAUAGCAUGUCAGCGAAUGAUCACACAGAAUUCUUGUUGAAGGACAAUUCUCCAAACCUUUGUCAGAAAGGCUUGCUCUCUGCUCAGCAUGCCAGGCACAUUGGUGUGGAUUUCUCCCCAUGCUCUGCUUCUAACAUUGAAAGCGCUGCAGAGGGCACAGGGGAUCCUCUAGAAAUACAGUCACCAACCAAUAUUCAGUUCCAGGAAAAGUUCAUGUAUUCAGAACAGAAGGAUAUGGCACAGACAACUUCAACACCUGUGAAACUAGAAGCUACACUGCCCCAAGCAAUUACUUCGAACAGUGAGAUCCUUGAAGGCAGCUAUUUGGGUAACUGCUACCACAGAGACGGUUCUCGACUAAGCAUACUCUUUGAAGUGAAACGUGUGGAACUGCAUGACCCUUCUGCUCUCUUCUGUAUUUGGGUUAUGAGAGAUCACUUCCACAGCCAGAAGCAAGCAGCAGCGAAGACACAGUUACUUCUUUCUAGUUUGGCCAGUUCCUCUCAAACCCUCGGUGAUGUCUCUGCGCUUAGCUUGGCAGAGUUAAUCAAAACAACACCCUUGUUUGAGAAUUCACGCCGAGCUGAAGAACUAGAGAAGCUGAAGGCUUGUGAGGGAGAAUAUGGGAAGAAGUACGACACACUGACACUUGUUGGCAAAGGAGCUUUUGGAUUUGUCUGGACAGCCAAGAGCAGAAAGGAUCAAAAAGAGGCUGUAGUGAAGUUCAUUUGGAAAGGAAGAGUGUUGGACUACUGCUGGGUAGAGGACCCAGAACUAGGGAUGGUCACUCAGGAGAUUGCAAUUUUGAGGAAGCUUCAGCACCCCAAUAUUAUUAAGGUGCUAGAUAUAUUUGAGAAUCAACAGUUCUUCCAGCUAGUGAUGGAGAAGCAUGGAUCAGGCAUGGAUCUCUUCACAUUCAUUGAUCACGAGCCUGACCUGGAUGAGCCUUUGGCAAGUUAUGUAUUCAGACAGCUGGUGUCUGCGGUGAGCUAUUUGCACUCUAGGAAUAUUCUUCACAGAGAUAUCAAGGAUGAGAACAUCAUAAUUGCUGAAGAUUUUACUAUCAAACUGAUAGACUUUGGCUCAGCUGCUUAUCUGGAACCUGGCAAGCUAUUCUAUACCUUUUGUGGGACGAUUGAGUACUGCUCACCAGAAGUGCUGUCAGGCAAUCCGUAUUUAGGUCCAGAGCUGGAGAUGUGGUCGCUUGGUAUUACCCUUUAUACCAUAGUUUUUGGUGAAAAUCCUUUUUGUGAGCUGGAAGAAACUAUGGAAGCUGUAUUAAGACCUCCUUACAGUGUAUCAGAAGACCUAAUGGAUCUCCUGACUGGACUGUUACAACCUUUUCCAGAGGAUCGCACAACAUUAGAAACGGUAGUGGAGGAUCCUUGGGUGACACAACAUGUAAAUUUGGCUAAAUACUCCUGGGAGGAAAUAUUUGCCAAAGCAGAAAGGAACAAUUCUAAAAUGUGUUCUACUGGCUGCCGUCAUGCUGGCAUUUGGGCAGUUCCAAGCCUAGAGAACGAGCAAAGUUUUAAUGAUGAUUUCAGUAACCAUGAGUUGGUGAAUUCUCAGCCGGCAAGAAGUACAGCCUCUGUAGAUCAGGAGCCAUCAACCUCUCUCCAAAGUCGGGACUAAAGAAAUCUGUUCAUUGGACAUCAACUUGCUCUUCCAUAGGCACUUUUUUUCCCUUUGCUAUGAGGACACAAAUUUACUUUUACAAGUUCUGUGAUCAGGCAGAUUGUUCUACCCACCCUGGGCACCUGUUACACCUAUAGGCUUUUUGGACUUCCACAUGCUGGCAUCCCAUAGUGUCUAUGUACAAAUAAUCCUAGGAGUAAAUGACAGUAUGUGACAGAUGUGCUACAUAAAAUCAAGGAACCAACCAUAUGAUUCAAUCCUACCUGGUGGUUUUUCAUGUUCAGGCACUGUUUAAAUGAUUUCCAUACCUGGAUGUUUGGCAACCUUACAGGCUAGACACAAGCAUUCAGAGUGGAGGGGGACAGAAAUCACAGCCCCAUUUCUUUACCUUGCUGAGCAGCCCCAUUACUACUUGUUAACUUGGCUGUAAUUACUAACCACAACAUAAGUCUGUGUUAGUGAAGCGGCUUAGAUUGCUGAACUGAACUUUAAUAUUCAAUGUUUAACACUCCAAAAAAGUUUAAAUUUUUGAAUAGGAGGCCAGGCUUUUGUGCUUCUUACCGGAACAACAGUAUCGUAUGCACUCAGUUAAAGAUGGUUGGCAAUGUAAAUUAACUGAGAAUAGGUGAAACUGCAAGUUGACUGGGUUGUUACCUAGGAGGGAUUUCUAACAGUUAUAAGUUCUAACUUCCACUUAUUGUAGAUCAUUUGAACCUUAGUCCUUCACCUUGUGAGCAAAGAAAUCUAGUCUGACAUUUCUGACUGUGUUAAUUAGUAUACAAUUUUUAAUUCUGCUGAAAGAAGACAUCAGAAUAUUUAUAUUUAGUUUGGUACAACUCUCCAUCUUUUAAAAAUGAUUUUAUAUUUCUGUUGAUUAUCUGUGAAAUUUUAAUCUUAAUGACAGCAUUUUUAUAAAUUCUCAGACUAAAUUUUAUUAUUCUCCUUUGAAUUAUUUUUCGGAAUAUUGUUAUUUUCCUCCCAAAUGAGCCCUGAUUUCAGUGCAACACAGAAUAAUCUCUUCAGUACUAAUUGCAUAUCUUGAUGGCCAGUUAGAUGAAACUGACUGGUAUACUUAUAUUUAGUUCUCAUGGACUUGGGGGGUAGGCACUUCAAUAAUAUAACUAUCUUCAAGUGAUUAUUUAUGGGGUAAGCCUUACUGGUUUUCAUUUUACUGAACCAUGGUUUGAAGGCUACUCCUGUACUGUAUUGAGUGUACCAAAAGGUUUAGCUUUCCUUCCUUCAGCUUCCAUCAGUCUGUUCAGCAGUGAAAAUAAUUUUUGGAAGAGUUAUGGUAACUCUCUUUCUCACUCUAUGUAUGAGUGUAAAACAAAGGCAAGAUAUUGAGAAUAAACUGAUGAAUAUAUCCUGUUCCUGAAAAGAUGUGCACUCAUCCCUCUCUCUCUACUUGUUCUUGGGGGACAGUAUUUAUUGGGCCAAUACUCAUACUCACAAGUCAGACAGCUGUCAGGCAAGUUCUGCCUGCACAGCUGAAACGAUGUUUUUGUCAGUGGCAGAUUGUCACUGAUUAAAGACUUGCUCUUUCAGUUUCAGGAUGCAUGUGGCUUCAUCUCAUUGAAUGCAACCUGUACAUAACCCAAAACUUAUAGACUGUUUUAAUUGUGGCAAUCUGCUGCUACCAUGGUGUCAGUUCUGUUGCACAGGUGGAGUUGUACAACAGGAUUUUGGCCACAGUCUUCAUAAUUCAUUGCCAGAUCAGUUCAACUAUUACCACAAUAUCAUAACAUAUUUCAAGAAGAUUUUAGGAACAUGCAGAUGAAAAUUGAUCAAGGUGCAACUCCAGUGAAGAUUGACUAGGUAUCCUGAAUUCUACAUACUGUAGAUUGCUAUGGUUUAUAAACUAAAAGUGUCAAAGUAACUAGAAUAAACAGUAUCUUAAUGUCCAUAUGUCCAAAUGCGUCUAUAUUAUGAGGUGAUGUCAUCAGGUUUUGUUCCCUUCUAUACCCCAACUCUUUUUAAUUUGCAGUUUUCCCUUUACAAUCAAUCAAAUGUCCCACAGUUCUUUAUUAUAUUUUUAUUCUGCUUUUCCUUCAAGGAUACUAAACUGGAAUCGUCAUCCUAAUCUUAGAACUGCAGAGCUGGAAAGGACCCUAUGGAUCAUCAGGUCUAGCUCUG